CGGAGCGAGGAACAGGCUCAGAUUCAUUUCAGGAGGGCAGCGCUCACAAGUGUCCCUGCUGAGGAGUAGAAGUUAUCCCUCAGCGCCAAAACUGAACGAAAACAGCCAGCUCUCUGAAAGACGAGGCUUCCAGCGAGGGAGGAGGAAUCUCAAACAGGAUCCCAGUCAGAGGUGGUGUGUUUCCUCGCAGCGGUCUGUCUCUCCCAGCAUUGAAAAUGAGUCUGAGCACCAGUGAGCUGGAGGACCUGUUCGAGUGGUUUGGGGACCCCAACGUCUCGGACACCUUCAGCAACAUAUCGAGUGUGGAUACAAUGGUGUGUGCCACAGCGUUCAACCGCAGCGCUCUGCUCUACUCCAUGUGCGUCCUCUACUCUUUCAUCUUCAUUGUCGGCCUGGCUGCCAACGCGCUGGUCCUCUGGGUAAACAUCCGUGCGCAAAGAGACUCCACCCCUCGCCACGAGACACACAUGUACAUUGCCCACCUGGCGGUCGCAGACCUGUGCGUGUGCGCCACCCUGCCCGUGUGGGUGAGCUCGCUGGCCCAGCAUGGCCACUGGCCCUUCGGCGAGGUGGCAUGCAAACUCACCCACCUGCUGUUCUCCGUCAACCUCUUCAGCAGCAUCUUCUUCCUGGCCUGCAUGAGCGUGGACCGCUACCUAAGCGUGACGAAGCACGGAGACAACGCGGGAGGGGUGUGCAGGAAGCUAAUCCGCCGUGGAGCUUGUGUAGGGGUGUGGCUUCUGGCUCUGAUCGCCUCCCUGCCAGACACCUACUUUCUGCGUACUGUGAAGUCGACACAUGGGGACACAAUGCUGUGCAGGCCUGUGUACCCAGAGGAAAACCCCAGGGAGUGGAUGGUGGGCGUGCAGCUGAGCUUCAUCCUGCUGGGCUUUAUUCUCCCUUUCCCUGUUAUUGCAGUGUUCUACGCCCUGCUGGCCAGCGCUUUCACCCGCUCCUCUUCUUCCUCUUCAUCGUCGUCCACAGUGGAGCAGGAGCGCCGCGUGAGCCGCAGGGUAAUCCUGGCCUACAUCGUGGUGUUUCUGGGCUGCUGGGGGCCCUACCACGGGGUCCUCCUGAUUGAUGCCUUGUCUCAGCUGGGCCUGGUGCCUCUGACCUGUGGCCUGGAGAACGUGAUCUACGUGGCCUUACACCUCACCCAGUGUCUGUCCCUGCUCCACUGCUGUUUCAACCCCAUCCUCUACAACUUCAUCAACAGAAACUACCGCUAUGACCUCAUGAAGGCCUUCAUCUUUAAAUACUCCACGAGGACGGGCUUGGCACGCCUCAUCGAUGCUUCUAACAUGUCUGAGACUGAGUACUCUGCUGUAGCAGUGGACAACCCACCACAGAUCUGAAACUUACAAAACUCUUGAACACUGUUUCUAAAUAUAAAUGGCUAUAAUGCAAUGUAAACUUAUGUUACAGCUGAUUUGUCCUUAUCUGAAUGUGUCCACUGUCAGCAUUAGAAAAAAAAAGCCAAUCCAGCAUCCUUUUUUCAGAAAUCUGCUUGAGUCGUGUAGAGAAGCUUGAAUACAGGCUAAUAUCAGCUGUGAUGGACUGAUUUUAAAGCACUUAGGAAGCAGUUUUAUUGUAACAGCUGGUACUGAAAUCACAUCAAUACUGUCACUCAUCUGAAAAGCCAAAACAGUGACCACAAAUGUGUAAAAUCAUCGCCUGUGCUGUGUAUGUAGGAUUGUGCUCUGUGUGUGUGUGUGUGUGUGUGUGUGAGCGUGCCAUGUGCAUAAUCUGACGGGCAUUGAAUAUUGAAAGUAUCAGCAGAGUAAUGUUAAUCUUUCUGUAUCGAGUUGUAUUUAUACUAUCCUGUACAUUUGGGCUGUUUCGCCUCUUCGCACGCUGACGUCUGCUCGGUGCUCCACGUCAUGCCGUGCUGCCUCAUCGUGUUAGUCGAGCCGCUGACUGGCUCGGUGUUUUAGUCCUGCUGCCUUGUUGUUAAUCAUAACCUCAUGUCACAUCCAUUGACUCCUACAGACAAAUAAUUAAUACAAAUGAUUUACAUGUCAAAUUAGUAACUUCUCACUUUUCUUUUGGCUCAGAAUCUUUCUAAAUAUUGUCUGGAGGCUUCAGCUGGGACUACUGAGCUUGAGGAGCGGACAGAUGUCGCUCCUGUCUCCUCUGCAAAGUACAGUAUUACGUAAUACACUGUACUGUCACUAUGUUUUGCAUCAGUGCUAAUGACGGAAAGGAUGCACGUGCGGUAUAGUCCUGCCGUGUCAGCACACAGGACGCAGACGGCUCAAACUGCAGUGACCAAAUGACAUGAACGAAUAGUUUUACAACUUUCAUGUGGGCUGCGACUGCAGUGAGCAACAACCAAGUGUUUAUUAGGGACCCAACAACAAGAGUGAUGCGUGGGUGUGUGUCUGUGCCGCAGCCUGACACCAAAAGAUGACGUUUUAUGUGUGAGUUAUACAGUUUACUCACUGUCUGUUGUAGGAAACAAUGUGUUCUUCUGAUAUGUUGACGCAGAGCACAUUGUGUCAUGUGAUUGGUUACACAUGUAUGCUUUUACACUGAAAGAAUUUCAUGUUGUGAUUAGAAGAGAGUGGAGGCACGAACAUGUGUCCACAAGAGCAGAGGCAUUCCUUUGGUAUUGUAAUGUGUAACAUGUGUUCUGUUAUAUAUUAAAUGCAAAGAAAAUG